UGAAACGUGUCCGUGGCACCGUUUUUACUUUCUGGAAUUCGUUUACGCCAUCUCUCUCUCUUUAUAAAGUGUUGUUUUCCUAUUCCGUUAUCCCGCACGGUGCGUGUGAUGGCUCCGAAAAAGAAGCGAGGCGGUCCGACGGGCGCCUCCAAGGCGAAGUCGCACACCGCCGAUGGAAUACCUGCUCCCAAGCUCCAAAUCUCGUCUGAGAACGAGCGCCGCCUCCGUCGUCUGCUCCUAAACAAUGAUAGGCCUUCAUCCUCGUCGGAGGUGCCGGCCGUCGCUGCUCCAGACGUUGCUUCCAAGUAUCAGAAGGCAAAGAGGCUUCGAGCCGUCUACGAUAAGCUCUCUCUCGAGGGUUUCUCCGCUGAUCAAAUUGAAAAGGCUCUCUCCGCCCUCGGAGAAAGGGCGGUGUUUGAGAAUGCUCUGGAUUGGUUAUGUUUUAAUCUUCCUGGACACGAGCUUCCAAUAAAAUUCUCCAGUGGUUUUGAUACAUCUAAUCUUGAUGGGACAGAAAGGUCAGUUAAAAUCAUAUCUACUGCUCGGGAAGACUGGGUUCCUCAGCAACGUGAGCUAGAACAUGUACCUAAAUCUUCUUUGGGAAUUAAGGCGAAGCGAGAUGAAUUGUCACUGGAUAUAGGAAAAUCUUCACAGAAGGAAUGGAUACAACAGUACUUGGAACGAGAACAAGAGCUGAUGCAAACAAGAUCUCAGGAGGAUGAUCCAAACUUUCAUGCUGACUCUGUUCUUCAGCAAUAUCAUCAAGCAUGGUUGGGUGCAAGAGAAGCAAAGCAGAAGGGAGACAAAACAAGUCAAAAAGAAUUUGGCAAUCUUAUAAACAAACUUAAGCAAGAACUUUCUUUGCUAGGCUAUUCUAAUGAGGUUUUGAUGGAUCAAUUACAAGAUGAAUCUACAACUAAAUCUGUUGAGGAGAUUACAUGUGAUUCUACAUUUUCUGUACUCACUGAGUUAAAUGUGCCAGACAAUAAUAGAGUUUUGGAUCAGCCUGCUGAGUUUGAUACCAAACAGGAAUUUGAUUCAGAUGGAGAUGAGGUGUAUAUGUUGAAAGAUGUUGACUCUUCUACUAAUCUCCAAGCAGACCCUAUAAAUGAAGCUGAAAAGGAUAUAGAGGAGUUAGAACUUGAUAACCUUUUUUCUGAAGAUUCUUCUUCCAGUUCUACGUUAUAUCCAGAAAUAUUACAACAAAAGAAAAAAAAUUUGUCGGAGUUUGCUUACAGACACAAUCUUGGAAGCAUUGAUGACAUCUGGAUGAAGGGAGAUUCUAGAAAAAUUCCUAAGGCUGUUCUACAAAAGCUUUGCCAGAAACUAGGUUGGGAGCCACCCAAAUAUGCAAAAUUAUCUGGCAAAGAGGACAAAUUCCAAUAUUCUGUGAGUAUCUUACGUACAGCAAGAGGCCGGGGGAAGAGCCGGAAGGCUGGAGGCUUGAUUUCUAUCCAGUUUCCUGAUAAUGGGGAAUCUUCAAAAUCUGUUGAGGAUGCACAAAAUAAAGUAGCAUCAUUUGCACUUUGCCAACUUUUCCCUGAUCUUCCGCUUUGCCACAUGCUCUUGGAACCAUACUCUUCAUUUAUUUUGAUUUGGCAAAAUGGCGAACUUCCAACCAAUGUGGAAGAUGAUGAGGAUGCCCGUCGAAUAGGCUUUGUAGAUUCAUUGUUGAAUUCACUGCGGAUGACUCCAAGUGAGGCCAAAAGAAUGUCCAACAGUGAAAUUUUCACUGAAGGAAACAUUCUACAGAUGGUAACUGAUCCUCCUAGUGCAGUCGCUGAUGAAAAACUUUCAGUUAAUACAGGAAUCAUCGGUCCUGAACAGUUAGAAAGCAUCUUUUUGAAAAAGGAACUUGAAAAUAAAAUGACACAGCCCAAGUAUAUGAAAAUGCUGGAAGCUAGAUCUUCGUUACCUAUUUCUAAGUUUAAAAGUAAUAUUCUACAGUUGCUAGUUGAGAAUGAUGUUAUUGUUGUUUGCGGGGAAACAGGCUGUGGAAAAACAACACAGGUUCCUCAAUAUAUUUUGGAUGACAUGAUUCGAUCAGGACUGGGUGGAUGCUGUAAUAUAGUGUGCACUCAACCCAGAAGAUUAGCGGCUAUCUCUGUAGCAGAAAGAGUGUCUGAUGAGCGAUGUGAGCCUUCACCUGGUGGUGAUGGUUCAUUGGUUGGCUAUCAAGUUCGCCUUGACAUUGCAAGAAAUGAUAAGACAAAACUUCUCUUCUGUACAACAGGAAUCCUUCUUCGUAAACUAUCGGAUAACAAGAACUUGUCUGGAAUCACGCAUGUCAUAGUUGAUGAAGUUCAUGAGAGAUCACUUUUGGCUGAUUUUUUACUUAUUGUCUUGAAGAACCUUAUUGAUAAGCAAUCUGAUCGGGGUGGACAAAAGUUAAAAGUGGUUCUCAUGUCUGCAACAGUUGAUUCAAGUUUGUUCUCAAGGUAUUUUGGGCAUUGCCCAGUGAUUAUUGCAGAAGGAAGAACACAUCCUGUUUCAACUUACUUUCUUGAGGAUGCUUAUGAGAAACUCAACUAUUGUCUAGCGUCAGAUUCUAGAGCAUCAGGAACAUCCAUGACAAUAGCUAGACAUAAGCUAAAAAACAAGGUCGUGGAUAAUCACAGAGGAAAAAGAAAUGUAGUUUUAUCUUCUUGGGGUGAUGAGUCUUUACUUUCUGAAGAUUAUGUUAAUCCCCAUUAUUUGCCUGAUCAAUACACAUCAUACAGCGAGAAAACUUGCAAAAAUCUGAAGCAUUUAAAUGAAGAUGUAAUUGACUUUGACCUUCUUGAAGAUUUGAUAUGCUUCAUUGAUGAGAAUUAUCCCAUGGGUGCUAUUCUUGUCUUUCUUCCAGGAGUUGCAGAAAUUGACUUGCUAGUAGAUAUGCUAACUGCUUCCUUUCAGUUUGGAGGAGUGUCCUCUGAUUGGAUUCUACCUCUUCAUUCUUCUCUUUCAUCUCUGGACCAAAAAAAGGUGUUUUUGACCCCGCCUCAGAAUAUUCGUAAGGUUAUUAUUGCUACAGAUAUUGCAGAGACUAGUAUAACAAUUGAUGAUGUGAUCUAUGUGGUUGAUGUGGGAAAGCAUAAAGAGAUGCGUUAUAAUGCUCAAAAGAAAAUGUCAAGCAUGGUAGAGGAUUGGAUAUCUAAGGCCAAUGCAAAACAACGUCGAGGAAGAGCUGGACGUGUGAAAGCUGGAACCUGUUUUUGCUUAUACACACGCCAUAGAUAUGAGAAACUUAUGCGCUCCUUUCAGGUACCUGAGAUGGUGAGGAUGCCAUUGACAGAGUUGUGUCUUCAAAUAAAGUCUCUUUCAUUGGGAGAUAUAAAAGCAUUUCUAUUGCAGGCUAUAGAACCUCCACAUGAAGAUGUUAUUUGUUCUGCACUGGACGUGCUGUAUAAGGUUGGGGCGUUGAAUGAAAAUGAGGAGCUAACACCUCUUGGAUCUCAUUUGGCAAAGCUUCCUGUGGAUGUAUUGAUUGGAAAGAUGAUGUUGUAUGGUGCAAUAUUUGGUUGCUUAUCACCAAUUCUUUCACUUGCAGCCUUUUUAAGUUAUAAGUUCCCAUUUGUGUAUCCUAAAGAUGAGAAACAAAACGUAGAGCGGGCAAAAUUAUUAUUAUUAAGUAGCAAUCUUGACAAUAAAUCUGCUUUGGAUGAGAGUUUUAGACAAUCAGACCAUCUCUUAAUGAUUAUUGCAUAUAAUAAAUGGGCCAGAAUAUUGCAUCAGGAUGGUGCAAGAUCUGCCCAAGAAUUUUGUCAUUCUUUUUUCUUGAACAGUGCUGUAAUGUACAUGAUAAGGGAUAUGCGAGUACAGUUUGGGUGCUUGCUAGCAGAUAUCAGGCUUGUUGAUUUGCCAAAGCAUUUCCAAAGUGAUGCGAGAAGGAGAGAGAGGCUUGAUAGUUGGCUUGCUGACAUGUCUCAACCGUUUAACUUGUAUGCUAAUCAUGCAUCACUCAUUAAGUCCAUUAUAUGUGCAGGGCUCUAUCCUAAUGUUGCUGCUACCAAAGAAGGCAUUGUUAAUUCAGCUUUAUCUAACACUAAGUUGCAAAAUGUGAAGAAUCAGAUGGUAUUAUACGAUGGAAGGAGAGAAGUUCACAUUCAUCCCUCUUCCAUAAACUAUAGCGUGGAACAUUUUAGAUAUCCAUUUUUUGUCUUCCUUGAAAAGGUUGAGACUAGCAAGAUAUUUCUACGAGACACUAGCGUCAUCUCCCCUUAUUCUCUCCUUCUAUUUGGGGGAUCUGUGGUUAUCCAACAUCAGUCGACACCAGAAAAACAUUUGGUUCCAUGUGGGUUAACACGGGCAAAACAUUUAUUUUUAUUCUCCGACAAGCAUGUAAAAAGUCUAAGACUGACAAAACACCUUAAUGGUGCAAGUCUGCCACGAGCACAAGGUGGGAUACCUAGGGCACACGAGCCACUUGAGCACGUGUUUCAUUGUUUCAUAAUUCUUCUGCAAUGCACCAAAAGGCUCGAAACACCAAAGGUUGCAGAAGCCUUUGGUUAUUCUGGAGACCAUGGAGGCUUCCAAGUUUGUACGUUCCUUCCUCUUACCUCGAAAGGUAAAUAUACUCUUUCCCAAACGUUUGCGAUGGACUGGACCUUCUUUUGUUCCUCCUUCCUCUUUCUCCUCCUCUUCUGGUUUAGGCACACUCUCCAACACCAAUACUCUACAUAGGCGGCACCCCUUGAGUCGGCUAAGGACCAAAACACAAACUUACCUCAAGAUUUCAAAUCUUGGUUUGAAUUAUUAUUUCCUUUCAAGUUUGACAGAAACAUGUAAAUGAUUUGAAUAUCUUUCAGUUGUUUCAGCUAAAAUUUCAUUAAAUUUCCUCUACCUCCCCCUCAUUACUCCCAAUUGGUUCAACUUGUCUAUUAUGGAAUCUUUACAUCUUCAAACAUUUUCAAAUCAACUUACAUUUUUCUUAUUUCAUACUCUACGGAAGCCAUUCCUAAUCAUCCAUAAAGUGUAAUCAUGCAAAUAGGGGAAGUUUCCCACUCAAUGGAAGAUUCACAUUGGUUUUGUUGGCGGGUUCAUAUAGAGGUCAUUGUUGUCUGCUUUCUUUUAUGAGUGUACAACUGGCGGGUGGUUAUUACCAUUUGUGGAUUAAUCAGUGCUUGAAAUACAAAAUAAUAUUCCAUACUAUA